CCUCCUCCAGAAGGGUUGAUCCGAGGGCAGCAGCAGCAGAUGAGCCUGAGCUCAGGCCUCUAGAGCAGGAAACCGAGCUCCAGGAAAUCCCAACACCAUGGGGGACAGUUCCCCUCAUCCCCCCGGGCUCUGCCUGUGCCAGGAAUUCAAACAGGACACAAUUCCCAGGGCCAAGAGGCUGUCAGAUUCCACCAUACAGGUUCAGGCCUUGCAGUCUGCUAAGAAAGCUUGCGUGCUGAUCCACGGCUGCAGCACUCCAGAUCCUGCAGGGAAUCCUCUGUUCCCUUCCCCAGGUUCUGGCUGCUCUCUUUUCCUGGAUGAGAGUGGCCAGGAUGAGCUCACUGCUGGUUUUUCAGGACCAGGCUACGAUGAUGUGGCCAUUUCCCUGGAUAUCAGCAGGUGUUUCGACGACAGCGAGCUGGACGAUUCCCUGCUGGAGCUGUCAGGCAGCGACAAAGGGAAUUCUCCCUUUGAUUACACCGAGGAGGAGAUCCAGGAAAUCUUGGCAGAUGAUUCCCUGGAAGCUGAGCAGCAGCAGCAGCAGCAGCAGCAGCACCAUGUCGCCGGUGAGAGCCGUUUGAGCCAAAAUGAGAGCGAGAAGGCCGAGAGCAGCAGCUGCACUGAGGGGAUGUCAGGCAGUGAAGUGACUUCAGAGGUCACAGAGGAGCCAAAAGAACCCCAAGAGCAUUCUUCAGUCAGUUCUGGGUGUGAUGGUGGAUUUUUGAGUGGAAAUGCUGCUCUGGAUGGGGCCCARCUGCAGCAGGAGCUGGACUUGGAUCUUCAGGAGCUCCUGAGCCUGAGCCCGUUCGCCGCCGCCUGCUCCGAUGAGGCUCUGGAGGACAAUUACCUGGGAGAGGUGGAAAGAGAAACUUUGGAAGCCAUGAUAGAUGAUUGCUUGGGAUAUUCUUCAUCUGCUGGCAGCUGCUAUUCCAAAGAAUCCUCACAAGAAGCGAUGCCUAAAGGUCGGGAGAGCCUGGUGAAGAAUUGCCUGGAAAAAUCUGUGCCCUCGUCUGAACUUCCCCGUGGUCAGGGCAUGGGGGGUGAGAGCCUGGCAUCUGUGGUGGCACCAAGCAAAGAACUUCCCAAAGCAACAACGAGCUGCUCCUCGAGGAAAUCAGACUCUCCAGAGGAUGCUAAAGGGGAAUCCACGGGAGCUGAGCAGCCAGCAGGCAACGCCAAAUUAARUGACGCAGCUGUAGGCCAGGCCAAGCAGGAGGAGACAACCAGUGGGAAGAAAACURGCAAAAUUAUUCCACAGGAGGAGGAAGAAAGGCCAAAACAACGGAGCUGCAUGUCAGAAGUGCAACCUGAGCAAAAGAAACGUUUCUCUACAGGCUGUGCCAAUCUAAAUGAGGAAAAAUGUGGAUAUUACCUCAGGUAACCCCUGUUUGGGAUGGGAUGAGGCUGAUGGGGAGGGAAAAAWUGAUAUUUGUUCUUUGUUUGG